AUGCCCGCCAGGAGCCGGGAGUGGACGUCUUUGGCCUGGGCGAGGUCCUUUGCUUCGCCGCAGCAGCGGAUCAGUGAAGCGAGCGUCUCCUUGGUAGCUGCAGCCGAAUUGCUGCGUGAUGCCACCAGCCUCAUUGACCAGCAUUAUUUUAAAUGUUUCAAAGUUCUGUCACUGUUGAGAAAAGACAAAAAUUUGGCGGCAAAGAAGAGCCCUAAUAAGAUGAACACCUCUAGGGCAAGGAAAUCGCCCAGCGACAAGGCGGCAGCAUGGAAGGCCAAGCUGAGAGAAUCGUGCUUGAUGCGCAUGAACCACCACAGGAGCCAGCUGCUCUGGGAAUUGCGAUCGCCAAAGUCUCAAGAACAGGUGAUCAAGGAGAUUAUGAGCAAGGAGCUGGAGAACAUCCGGAUUGGAGGAGAGGACGGCGAUGGUGACAUGCUCUGGAACUAUUCCUCUGCUGGAUCAAAGUCGCCGUCGGAGCUAUCGCCACAAGAGUACGAGGAUCUUAUGCUCGCAAUGCAAGCGGUUUUGUACCAAGGCACGUAUCCUGAGCAGCAGCAGCACGACGAUCUCGAGGACUACGAGAAGGCGACAGCUCUCGAGGAUUCCUCGUUGGCCAGUCUUUUGGAGCAGAAUCACCAGGAAAAUGGUGUACUUUGCCCGCUUUGUCGGCGAGGAUUCCUGUUGGACAAAGAAAAUAGCAUCAGAUGCAGCAGUAAUGGCUGCCUGGACUUGGGAAGUCAGCGCGACAAGCUCAAGGUGGGAGUGGAAUUUGUGCGCAUCCGGUUGGCAGAGCUGAUGGAUCAACACUACAGCUCGGGCUGUAGCAGCCAACCGGUCUUCACCUUCAAAGACGAGUUCCAGAGCCUGUUCAUUCUGUGCAACUCGUGUGACUUCUUCGAGGUUGUCGUAUAGAUACAUAGGCGAAAGGUGUUUUAUACAGGCACGGGUGUUUUUCGCUCGCACGCCGGAGCAGGAGAUUGAUCAUCAAAGGCCUCAAGAAGAGAAUUUCCUUUCUCUGGAAGCUUCGUUUUAUAGCUGGAGAUGAGAUUAGUAUGUGUAUAUAAUAAAGUUAACGCUUGCGUCUCAAGAAGCAA